CGGCGCGCCUCGAUGUGGCACAUUCGGACAUUUUCGACGACGAGGCCGACGCUUUCGUCUGCCGGGUUCGAGCUGAGGAAGCUCACGCACACUCAUGGCGAAGGGGAUGUCACACAUCUCUUCCCGGGCAUGGCGUUCCUAACAGCGCGGGAUAUCAUCGUCAAGACAAGGCUGUUUAAGAUUAUGAGCAAGAUGCCGAAAGGUGCUCUCUUGCAUGCACAUCUAGAUGCGACAGUGAACGCGCGAGUGCUGCUCGACCUGGCCCUCAAGUAUCCUGCCUUCCAUAUAAUGGCCGAGCAGUCGCUUACUGCGUUGAACUUGAACUCCAUACGGCCUAAAUUUCGCCCAUUACCUCGCUCGGUGUGGACUGAGCACUGUAGCCUGACAGAAUCUUAUGAGGUGGGGGCAUGGGUCCCGCUCCAUAAAGCGCGAGAAAACUUCACGUUCGGCGGGCCAGAGGGUUUCGACAGAUGGGUUAUAAGCGCUCUUACUAUCAGCCCAGCCGAAGCCUACAGGACGCACAAUACGACGGUCAAGAUUUGGGACAAGUUUACAUCGACGUUUAGAAUGGCAAGCGGUCUCAUCCACUAUCUCCCGCUCUGGAAGGAGUACGUCCGGGCCUUCCUGCUCUCAUCUGUCGAAGACGGGAUCUCCUACAUUGAAGUGCGCGUUAACUUCUGGUAUCGUUUCAUCAUCAAUGAAGAGGGCGAAGAAGUCGUCUCGCACCACGACUGGCUGGCCGCAUUCGACCGCAUCGUGCACGACGUGCAGGCUGAGCUCGCCGCUCAAGGGCGUGCAGAUGAGCUCAUCGGGUGCAAAAUUAUCUACUCGACAAUACGCAAUGAGACGCCGGAAGACCUCGAGUGGUACCUCGAGGACUGUCUUGCGCUCAAACAGGCGUUCCCGCACCUCCUUGCUGGUUUCGAUCUUGUCGGGCACGAAGACCUCCUGCGGCCGCUGAUCGAUUACCUGGUGCCCCUUCAACGUUUUGUCGCACGUCAGCGCGAAUUAGGCCUCGACAUACCGUUCAUUUUCCAUGCGGGUGAAACCCUGGGCGACGGAACUGCCGCUGACAUGAACCUCUACGAUGCCCUCCUGCUCGGCACAAAGCGCAUUGGGCAUGGAUUUUCGCUCAUCAAGCACCCCGAGCUCAUGAAGAUCUGCAGAGAAAGAGACGUCGCCAUUGAGGUGUGCCCCAUCUCGAACGAGAUCCUACGACUGACCUCGUCGAUGCCCGCACAUCCGCUCGCGGCGGUCAUGAAUCACGGUGUACCGGUGACACUGUGCUCGGACGAUCCGUCCGUGUUCGGGAACAUGGGCCUCUCGUACGACUUCUUUCAGGUGCUCGUCGCGAGUGAGCUUAACAGCUUGAAGACGAUGGGGUGCCUCGCACGAGAUAGUUUCAAGUACUGUUGCUUGACGGACGACGAGAAGGAUCGGGCAACCGCUUUAUGGGACAAGCAGUGGAGAAAAUUCAACGACUGGCUCGUGCAAGAGCAACACAGGACACUCAACAAUUGAAAUAUCGCUUUUGUCCAAAUGUUUCAUGAGCCGAAAUACCCAGGAGAACAUGCUCGUCAACCGAGUAGAAGGUAGAAUACCUCCAGGGGAUGUAGAACAGUAGAUUCAUAGCAUCUUGUAUGCAAAACACCACCUCUCACGCGAACACCUUAGAGACUGCGAGCUCGUCCUCGGGCCGCUUCCUGCUCUCUUUGCGCCUGCUCUGAUCAAUCUCUGCGUCCUUCCGAUUGCCAUACUUUCCUGCCUUCUCGCGCUUGAUCGCCGAGCGGACUGCAGCCGGGGACACAAACUCUGGGUUCGAGUACACGGUUGCGCCGCUGAACGCGCCCUCGAAAAUGCGGAUGGGAGUAAGCACGAAGCGGGGGCCGAUCUCGAUGAGGCUCAUCUGCGGCGGACCGUUCGGCUGCAGUGGGUCUUUCUCAAUGAUCUGAAAAUUGCGGAACCAGGUUUUGUUGUCGAGCAGCGAGAAGGUAAGGAUGUGGUCGAUGAACGGCUUCGCUUUGCGCGCGCUUGGAGAUACACCGAAUAUGUGCGUGAAGACCUCUUUUGUGAGCCGACCCCAUUCUGUGUCGUCGAACGCGUGGUCAAAGCUGAGCAGCCCUCGGCUACCUUUGAGGCAGUUGCCAGUCAUCUUGAGUUCGUCCAUAGUGUGAACGUUCUGUACAUGCAUCUUUAUGCUCGGUCCAUUUGGCGUCUUCGCUGCCCACAAAUACAGAUCUUCGUGUCUACGCGCUUCAAAAUAGAGGGCGUUAUUACAAUUAUUGAGGUCUGCGAGCUCGGGAAGGAGGUGUAGGUGGUUCUUUGAGUCCAGCUUUGAGUCUUUCUUAACAUGUGGCAACAAAGCCUCAAUGUCAUUCAUGAGAUGCCGCAUACGGUGGGUAAUGCCGCGAGAUGACAAGAGCAGCACCCGCUGCUUGUUCCUCGACCGCUUCUGUGAAGGCUGCUCAUCUACAUCUAUAGCAUCUGCCUUACGCUUCCCCUUUGGGUCGGCCUUGUGGGCAUUCUUUUCCUGAGCCUUGAACACUGAGGUCAUGUUGAACGAGAUAAAUAGCAAGAAAUGAGAAG